UAAAGUCUCAAAAGAAGCUUCACAGCAUUCACAUAAACAUUUUCAAGUAUACUCUUCUGCGCUUGUAUAACAAUGGAAGUGAUUACAAGGAUGGUUGCAGACAGGCCGGUGGUGAUCUUUAGCAGGAGCACUUGUUGCAUGAGCUAUACCAUCAAGACUCUCAUAAGUGGGUUCGGGGCAAACCCAACGAUUUAUGAGCUCGACGAGAUUCAGAAUGGCCAACAAGUCGAAAGGGAGCUGCAUAAAAUGGGGUGCAAGCCCAGUGUUCCAGUUGUAUUCAUAGGGCAGCAGCUCAUUGGAGGUCCUAAUCAAGUCAUGACCCUCCAAGUCAAGAACCAGCUUGCCCCAUUGCUCAAACGUGCUGGAGCAAUAUGGAUUUGAAACGGGGAAGUAACUAAUUCCUUUACUCUUAAGUCCAACACGAUACUGCUAAAAAAACUCAGAUAAUGAAAUGUCUCUGGAGAGACACUUUUGCAUAACAUCCUUGUACACAGUUUUUGGAGCUGGAUAAGGUCAUAGGGUUGUCCUAGUUCUAAGUUCCGAAGGAGCUUGUAUUUUAACUUGCACAUGUAAUAUCCCUUUCCUUUGUCUAUGAUAAGUAAAGGCAUAUCUGUUAUUAUAUAUAUGCUGCAUUUAGUGGCUUGAACCUUGGACUUGCCAUUAUAGUUCAGAUUAAAUAUAUCUAUUAUACAAACUAUGAAAAUGAAUGAAAUGAUGUCGAGAAUGUUAGAAGAA